AUGAAGAAACCACUGUUGGGCUUGACUCUGUGGUCACUGCUCCUCUGUCCAGGGCUGAUGUGUUUCAACGACCAGGUGACUCAGAAAUGCCACAAUGGCAGCUACGAGAUCAGCGUCCUGAUAAUGAAAAACUCGGCCUUCCGAGAGCCCCCAGAAAACUUGGAAAAUGCAGUGAAACGGGGAUUGGAAAUCGUGGAGAGGCGUCUAAGGGAUGAUGGAAUAAAUGCAACUGUGAACGCUACCUUUAUCCGUACAGAGGAUGCGAUUUAUAAAUCAAGUGACUGUCGGAGUAGCACCUGUGAAGGCCUUGACCUGCUCAGGACAAUUUCAAAUCAAAAGGAGGUGGGUUGUGUCCUCAUGGGGCCCUCGUGUACAUAUUCCACCUUCCAGAUGUACCUUGACGCAAAUUUUAAAUAUCCCAUGAUUUCAGCUGGAAGUUUUGGAUUGUCUUGUGACUUCAAAGAAAAUUUAACCAGGUUGAUGUCUCCAGCUAGGAAGUUGACACACUUCUUGGUUGACUUUUGGAAGACUAAUAAUUUGUCAUUCAAAACUUUUUCCUGGACCACUGCAUAUGUUUUCAAGAAUAAUAACGAGUCUGAGGACUGUUUAUGGUACCUCAAUGCUCUGGAGGCUGGAGUUUCUUAUUUUUCUCAGGAACUUAGCUUCAAAGAUGUAUUGAGAGGAGAGGCUGAGUUUCAGAAAAUCUUAAUGGACCAGAAUAGGAAAAGCAAUGUGAUUAUUGUGUGUGGUACACCAGAUAUCAUCUCCUCCAUCAAGGGUGACCGGGAAGUGGCUGAAGACACUGUCAUUAUUCUAGUGGAUCUAUUUAAUAACCACUACUUCAUGAACAAUGUCACAGCCCCUGACUAUAUGAAAAAUGUCCUUGUUUUGACACUGCCUCCUAAAGAGCCCAUCCCAGGUGAUUCUUUCUCCCAGGAUUUAAAUGACUUUUCUCUUGCCUAUUUGAAUGGAAUCUUGCUCUUUGGACAUGUGCUAAAGACAUUUCUUGGAAAUGGAAAAGAUGUUAACACCGACGAACUUGCUCAUGCUUUCAGGAACCUCACUUUUGCAGGGUAUACGGGCCCUGUGACUUUGGACAUCUAUGGGGAUAUCGACAGUAAUAUGGUGCUUCUGUAUACCUCUGUGGAGACCAACAAAUACAGUGUACUUUUGACCUAUGACACGCACACAAAUGUCACUAACCCAGUGAAUAACAGCCCCACAUUCAUCUGGAAGAACCACAGACUUCCUGAUGAUAUUCCAGGCCGGGGACCUCAAAUCCUGAUGAUUGCAGUCUUCACUCUCACUGGCACGGUGGUCCUGCUCCUGCUGGUUGCGCUCCUGGUGCUGAGAAAAUACAAAAAAGAGCAUGAACGUCGUCAGAAAAAAUGGUCCCACAUUCCCUGUGAAAACAUCAUUCCUCUGGAGACCAAUGAGACCAACCACGUGAGCCUGAAGAUCGAUGAUGACAAGAGACGAGAUACAAUUCAGAGACUACGACAGUGCAAAUACGACAAAAAGAGAGUGAUUCUAAAGGAUCUCAAGCACAACGAUGGCAAUUUCACUGAGAAGCAGAAGAUAGAAUUGAACAAGUUGCUUCAGAUUGACUAUUACAACCUAACCAAAUUCUACGGAACUGUGAAGCUUGAUACCAUGAUCUUUGGGGUGGUCGAAUACUGCGAGCGAGGAUCCCUCCGGGAAGUUUUAAAUGACACAAUUUCCUACCCUGAUGGUACAUUCAUGGAUUGGGAGUUUAAGAUCUCUGUCUUGUAUGACAUUGCUAAGGGGAUGUCAUAUCUGCACUCCAAUAAGACAGAAGUCCAUGGGCGUCUGAAAUCCACCAACUGCGUGGUGGACAGUAGGAUGGUGGUGAAGAUCACUGAUUUUGGCUGCAAUUCCAUUUUACCUCCAAGAAAAGACCUGUGGACAGCCCCAGAGCACCUCCGCCAAGCCAGCAUCUCUCAGAAAGGGGACGUGUACAGCUACGGGAUCAUCGCACAGGAGAUCAUCAUGCGGAGGGAAACCUUCUACACGCAGAGCUGCCGCGACCAGAAUGAGAAGAUUUUCAGAGUGGAGAGUUCCAAUGGAGUGAAGCCCUUCCGCCCAGAUCUGUUCCUGGAAACAGCCGAGGAGAAGGAGCUGGAAGUAUAUCUACUUGUAAAAAACUGCUGGGAGGAAGAUCCAGAAAAGAGACCAGAUUUCAAGAAAAUUGAGAAUACACUGGCCAAGAUAUUUGGCCUUUUUCAUGACCAGAAAAGUGAAAGUUAUAUGGACACCUUGAUCCGACGUCUGCAGCUAUACUCUCGAAAUCUGGAACAUCUGGUGGAGGAAAGGACACAGCUGUACAAGGCAGAGAGGGACAGAGCUGACAGACUAAAUUUUAUGUUGCUCCCAAGGCUAGUGGUCAAGUCCCUGAAGGAGAAAGGCAUUGUGGAGCCUGAACUAUAUGAGGAAGUUACCAUCUACUUCAGUGACAUUGUAGGUUUUACCACUAUCUGCAAAUACAGCACCCCCAUGGAAGUGGUGGACAUGCUGAAUGACAUCUAUAAGAGCUUUGACCACAUUCUCGAUCACCAUGACGUGUACAAGGUGGAAACCAUUGGUGAUGCCUACAUGGUAGCUAGUGGCUUGCCUAAGAGAAAUGGCAAUCGGCACGCAGUAGACAUUGCCAAGAUGGCCUUGGAUAUUCUCAGCUUCAUGGGGACCUUCGAGCUGGAGCAUCUUCCCGGCCUCCCGAUAUGGAUUCGCAUUGGAGUUCACUCUGGUCCCUGUGCCGCUGGCGUCGUCGGGAUCAAGAUGCCUCGUUAUUGUCUAUUUGGAGAUACUGUCAACACAGCCUCCAGGAUGGAAUCCACUGGCCUCCCCUUGAGAAUCCAUGUGAGUGGCUCCACCAUAGCCAUCCUGAAGAGAACCGAGUGCCAGUUCUUGUAUGAAGUGAGAGGAGAAACAUACUUAAAGGGAAAAGGAACUGAGACCACCUACUGGCUGACCGGAAUGAAGGACCAAAAAUACAACCUGCCAACCCCUCCUACUGUGGAGAAUCAACAGCGCUUGCAGGCUGAGUUUUCAGACAUGAUUGCCAACUCUUUGCAGAAAAGACAGACUGCAGGGAUAAGAAACCGAAGACCCACGCGGGUAGCCAGCUACAAAAAAGGCUCUCUGGAAUACAUGCAACUGAACAUCACAGAUGAGGAGAACACCCAUUUUUAA